AUGCAACAACAAACACAUAACAACACAUCCAUGAUGAUGACGGAUGAAGAUAGUGCUGAACAUCACAAUAAUCAUUUCCACUCCAUCAAAACCUCCACCAACAAAUCUUCUUCGGAACAUGUAAAUAGAAAAGAUCUUGUUCGGAUCAUCAUCCAAGCCUUACAUUCUCUAGAUUAUAAUCAAUCCGCUGCUGAAUUAGAGAAAGAAUCUGGAAUUGAAUAUCUCUCCAAAGACAUUGUAAAAUUACGUGAGAGUAUUCUGAAAGGUUUAUGGAAUGAAUGUAUAUCUAUUGUGGAUGAUAUUUUGAAUCAAUCCAAUUGCAAGAACACUCAAAUGGUUAAAUAUCACAUCUACAAACAAAAGUAUUUGGAGUUGUUGGAGAAUGGAGAAAUUGAGGAGGCUUUGAAAACAUUGAGGAAUGAAUUAACACCCAUGAGUUUGCAAUCUUCUGCAAAUCCAUCCUUGAAAAACAGCACCAUCAGUAAUGUUAGUGAUGGAAUGGAUUCUGUGUCAAGUGUUGCGAAUUACAACAACAACAACACCACGAACACUGUCACACUAGACAAGUCCUCGCUCAUGACUUUACAACAAUUACAAAUGCUUUCAAGCUUGUUGUUGUGCCCAGAUCCUCAAUCGUUGAAAAAGAGUGCUUCUUGGGAUGGUAAGAAUGGAACCUCGAGAAGGCAACUAUUGGAAGAAAUUGAAAAAUAUAUUUCUCCAUCCUUACUCAUUCCAGAAAAUAGAUUGGAAAAUCUUUUAUUAAUGGCUGUUAAAAGUCAAAAAAGUAAUGAUCCCAUGUUAAUUUAUGAUGAUGAAGAUGGAGAUGUCAUGCAUGAUGCACAUGAUGAUGGUAUUCCUCUCCUCAAUGAUGAUUCAUUUAAGAAGAGUUCCUCAAUCGCCAUACCCUCUAAAUUGUUAUGUACAUUAGAUGAUCAUAUCGAUGAAAUUUGGUUUUGUAAAUUUUCACAUAAUGGAGAAUGGUUGGCUACCACUGGAAUUGACUCGUCUCUAUUGGUGUACAAGGUUUCGAAUAUUAUUUCAGUGGCCACUCAGUCGUCAUCCUCUCAAAAUCUUGAAAACUCUUCAAUGAUCUAUACACACAAUCUAAAACAAAAUGGUCAUGUACUUUCAUUGAGUUUUUCGCCAGAUGAUAGAUUUAUCUUGACAGCAACCUCAGAGAAUGAAAUUUCAGUUUGGGACACUGUGGAUGGAAAGUUAGUUUCUUCUUCUAAAAAAUCAGUACCCAUUGUUGCAUGCUUGUGGACGGAUGACGGCUCUUCAUACAUGGCUGUGACAGGAGAGAAGAAUUCUCAUAUUUUGAUUUGGGAUAUGUCGUCGGUGGUGUCCACAAGCAAUGGAGGAAGCAACCAUGCUCUGAGUGACUCGAUCAAGUUGGACACUCGAAUACAAGAUGCCACCUAUAUGGGCAACGAUAAGAUUAUUCUUGCCUCCUAUGACAAACAGAUCAUUAUUUACAGUUUGAGAGAGAAGAAGAUUGUGGAGCGAUUCCUCGAGAGCGAUUAUGUUGUAUCGCUCUUGAUAAGCAAUAACCGAAGAUUUUUACUCGUGUGCUUGGCCUCUGAGGAGGAAGAACCCUCUGAAAUGCAUCUGUGGGAUAUUGUAGAAAAGAGGAUCGCUGUCACCUAUAAGGGACAUAAGCAAACUCGAUUUGUGUUAAGGCCAACUUUUAUUGGGCAUGAAUAUGUUGCUUGUGGAAGUGAAGACUCAAAAAUUUAUAUUUGGAAUUCAAAGACAGGUCAACUGCAGGACACUCUGUUGAGUCAUAUUAAUGUUGUGAAUUGUGUUUCCUGGAACAAGCAUUUUCAAAUACUGGCCUCAUGUAGUGACGAUGCUACCGUCAAAAUAUGGUCCAAUUAA